AUGCCGUCGUCCUUGCGCAGAAGACUGCAGAAGCGCGCCGUCGGGUCUGAGUUAAGCGGUGCGAGCGAUGGCGACGACUCGUCUCUCAACUCGUCAAGUUCGCAGGAGAAUGUCAAAGCAGCGCUGACCCGCAAGACGAAGGUUCAAGCUCCAAUCGACCGCGAUGAUCUCAGCUCUACACCACCACCUCCGCCACCAAAGUCACCCGAUGAGAUGUUGGCCAGAAACAUCUCCCCACCUCAAUCGCUACUCGACAGGUACAAGAAACGGGCCGCAAGGCUGCCUCCAGCUGGGAACGUCGAAGCACCACCGCAACGUCAGCAAACCGGCAUGAUCAGUGCGUUCGGAGAAGACUUCGAGACGAGCGAUGCUCACGAUCCCUUCGACAACUGCCAAAGCCCGAAGUCGAGCGCCUUAGACGUUCAAGAUAAGAGUGAGACGCGCACUUUUGGUGGCGUUCAGUUCGACAUGAUGCGCAAGAAGGACAGAGCCGGUGAAGCACCGGUGGCAGAUCCCAUCGAAGAUGGCUCCAAAUACGAACGACGAUUCACGCGUUCUCAGUCAAGGAGACAGCAGAGGAUGGAUUCGGCGGGCGACGCGGCGGGGUUGAAGGACGUUGAUGCCAGCAAAGACCACCUCGCACCGCCUGCGACGACAAUGGCGGGCGGCGUACGUCUGGUGCGCACACCAUCACCACGCACUUCUCAAGCAACGCAAGAGCCGCAGGACCAGGACGUCGACGAGCUCGCGCAAACACCAAACAGCAGCCCAGCGUUGCAGCAUUCACCUCGCCUCCCGACCCGGCCACUCACCCAUAUGAAAGCCGCUCUCCUUCCCAACCGCUACUCACCUGUGGACCCAAGCCUAAGCCCCCGACCACUCAACCUCCCCCAUCGAGGGAAGUCCAACGCCAACCACACCAGAAGCCGUAGCAUCACUUCCGUCGCAGUCCACCCGCCAGUGAACAUCGACAUGCCGCCUAUGUUUGUCUGGACCUCACCUCUGCCUACGACCAGCCGACCAACGGAUCCGUGGAUCGCGUCGAAGCGCUGGACGUGCUGCCAGUGCGGACCGAUGGACCCAGAUGAUAAGCCGGCGCAGACGAUUGUGGAGCAGAAGGAGCAGGGUACGCGCCGCACCAAUGAUGUGUUUGGUUGUGGAAUGGCAGAGUAG